UGUUAACAUGCAUUGAUUAGAAAAUUUGUGGUCAAGGUGGAGUGACGACUAGGGGUGUCCCACUGCAAUUAUAAAUAGCUAUCAGUUUAAAUAUCUCUUAAAAAGUGUUGUAUACAUUCAUUCAUAACACAUGUGUGAAUAAUCCGACAGUCUGUGUUUAGAGAGAGAUAAAACGAUGAUUAUUAUUUGAAGUUUUUACCUAUAUGAUGGAGACUAAAGUAAUAUGGAUUUAAAUUCAUUGAGGAUCACGUUUAUUUUUGUCAUAGUGUCCAUCAUAUGUAAUGUUUAUUGUAAAAAUAAAAGAGACUACAAUGUACUGUCAAAUGUGAGAAGAUACAAUUCCACAGGAAUAGUACGGCUGCGGACAAAAGGCUACAAGUUCAACAGUGAUUGGACGCCUUCAAAAUUAAAAUUAAGAAAUGGAAGACGUUUCAUCAAAACAUAUAGAAACCAGUUAACAUAUUAUUUCUCUGGGAAUAUUUCUCUAGUGAACAUAGAUGUACCUAUUUUAAGUAUUUUUCAUCGUAAGAAGGAAUUACCAUAUUUAGAACUUAUUGUUAAUGUUAACAAAGACAAGUUAGUUUUUAGAUAUCAAGGAAAAGUGUCAUUCCAAAGAAUAGAAACUCCACUCCAUUCUGGAGGAAAUAGUGCUUUAAAUUUAUUAAUUUACUAUAAUAGUACUCAUGUGACUUUUAAUUGUAAUUGUGUUCUUAGUACUGUAAAACUUCGACAACCUGUGGCAAGAUUUUCCCACAAUGCAAUCAUCUUUCUUCAGAAUCGAAAAAGCUCACAGAAAUUUCAGGGAGAAGUGCGACAAUCAAAAGUGUUUAGUUAUAUAAGAAAACAAAAAUUCAAGUGUCCUGAACAAGCGGAACUAGUUCAAAAUGAUGACAGAAUAUUUAAUUCUCUUGGUACCACAGACAAGCGGUUAAACUCUCUACUAGCAAACAGUAUCCAGGUCUCCAGAAAUAGUUUGGAAGAUGAUAGAAUUUCUCAGCUAAAGUUUUCUGUAGAUAGUUUAACUACAGAGAAUACUGAUUUAAGAUCCAAAGUACGACACUUGGAAGAUACAUGUGUAUGUUACCCACAAUGCACUAUUGGCAGCAGAACAUAUGAUGAAAGUCAAAAUUGGGAGGAAGGUCGUUGUGUCAUAUGUAAUUGUAGAAGAGGCAGACCACAAUGUAGGACAAGAUCUGAUGUCUCAAACUGUACCUCCCCUUGUAGCAGUGCCCCUUGUAAGAACAAUGGCUACUGUCGAGAGACUGGAUAUAACAGUUACCAGUGUAUAUGCAUCACUCCAUGGGAUGGCCCCACAUGUGAAGUCAGAGUUAACCCCUGUGUACUACCUCCAGAGCCAGGGAAUUGUAACCAGACAGUACAGAGAUACUACUAUGACAGAUUUGAGGAGAUAUGUUUGCCUUUUAAUUUUACAGGUUGUGGAGGGAAUGCCAAUAAUUUUUUGACCCUAUCAGCAUGUCAAGAUCUAGCCAUGAGAGGAGCAUGUUGUUACCGGAGGUUUAAAUCUACCAUACAAUCAGUCAUCAGUAGUGACCAGAAAGAGGACAAAAGAUGUGAAGUAUUAAAUCUAGGGGAAUGUAAAGGUGUCCAUAGGAAAACAUUUAGCGGUUAUACAACAGAAGUCAUAGGAUUCUUCCCUGGAUUGUCAUGUAAUGAUGCAGGAUGUACAGCAGCUCCUAGUGGCUGUUCCUAUGGUAACAGGGUGUAUAAACCAGGAGAAGUUAGACAGUCAUGUCAGCAGAGAUGUACUUGUGAAGUGGACAAUCUAUGGAUAUGCAGCUGUGAAAGACCAUCAGUUAGAAAGGAAAUUCGUGACCUGACUUCAGAUGAACUAAUCUCAUUACAAGUGGCUAUUCAACAGGUCAAACAAUCUGGACCUGGGAAUGCAUGGGACAGGAUGCGUGAUAUGUAUAUUCAUCAUGGCAUGUUCUCACACGGAAGUGCAUUCUUUCUCCCAUGGCAUCGAUUUUACUUGAGAAAUUUAGAACAAAUUAUACAAGAAGUAGACUGUACAGUAACUCUUCCAUAUUUUGACUUCACAACAGAUAUUGGGGAUUUUGCUAAUGCCAUAAUCUGGCAGCCAAACAUUUUUGGUGGGAAUGGUGAAGGAAGACAGGGCUGUGUUCCGGACCAUCCAUUUGGUCAGUCAUGGAGACCUUGUAUACGUAGGCGUUUCAAUUCAAACAUCCAACUUCCCUCUCUAGUUGAACUUGCUCUUGCCAUCAGUAGUGAGGAUUACACAGAAAUGAGUUUAUGUUUGGAAGCCUAUGUCAGCUACCUCCAUCAGUACAUUGGUGGGGAUAUGGGUCAAAAUACUUCCCCCUAUGAUCCUGUAUUCUUUGCUAUUCACGCUUUCAUUGAUAAACUAUACUGGGAUUGGCAACAACAAGGUAACAACAAAUUUAAAUUCCCUGCUGCUUACGGUAAUAUACCAAUGGUUCCAUUCAAUGUUCAACCUAGUGGUGUUCUUGACUCUGAGAAUGACCUCUGUGUGACCUAUGCUUUGACCUCCAGAGGUCAUCCAUGUAAUAGAACAGAUGAUGUAAGAGAGGACACAGAAGAUCGAGGUGAUAUUCCAGCUAAUGCUGUAGACAGAUACAGUUCUUACUAUGAUGAACAAGGAUUUGAUAGAAGUGGAUUUAAUAGGAAUGGUUACCACAGAUCUGGCUUUAAUAGAGAUGGCUACAACUUGAAUGGAUAUAAUCGUCAAGGAUAUGAUCGCUAUGGUUACAAUGUAAAAGGCUAUUCUAUAUAUGGUUACAACAGAAAUGGAUAUGAUGUCAAUGGUAAUCCAGACUCAUCUGGCCGCUAUAGUGAUGAUGGUUUUGAUGAUUUUUGUUCUAACAGGCUAGGUUUGUCCAGAGAAGGUUAUGAUAAGUAUGGUUUCACUGUUAGAGGUUAUGACAUAAGUCAUUGUAACUACCUGUUCAAUGGACCCUUUGUUGCACUACAGUCAUAUAGAGUUUGGGAGAUACUAUCAUCACAGGACAAGGGAUUUCUUAUGUCAGUACCUAGGAUGUGUCCACGGCUAAAUACAGUCACACCUGAAUGGGCAAGUCACUUUUGGAUGGGACAAAUCAAGGAUGUCACAUCCAUGGUACCAGUACAGACACCAGUUUCACCUCUAACCUUACCAUCCUCAAGGUUUUGUUUUGAUACAACCUCAUUCCUAUCGUUAUGUGCAUGUGAUAGUAUUGCCAGAUGUACAGAGAACCCAUGCCAGACAACCUCAUGUCCAUCCUACCCGGAGUCUGUAUGUUAUAUUGAUUUCUGUAGGGAAUGUAAAGCUGUGUGGUUCCUGGAUGGGAGGAGGGUGAAUUGUCAGGAAGAAAGAGAUUUCUGUGAACCAAAUCCAUGUUUAAAUGGAGGUACCUGUGUCCCAUCAGUUUGGACAAAUGAACCACACCUAGUAACAUGUCAGUGUCCACCAGGAUUUGAUGGACCAAAGUGUCAAAACAAAGCUAUAGAAGUCUGCAGUCUACCUGUUAGUCCAGGUUCUUGUAACAGGAGAGUAACCAGAUGGUAUUAUAACUAUGUCACCCAGAGAUGUGAGGAGUUUAUAUAUACUGGAUGUGGAGGCAACUCUAACAAUUUCCCUGAUUAUCCUUCCUGUCAGACCAGAUGUAUGAUAGGAGCCUGUUGUUAUAGAUAUCCUGUUUUCAGAGACAAAGUGGUCGGCUAUGAUGAGAAAGGCUAUGAUAGAUAUGGAUUUAAUGUAGAUGGCUUUAACAAGAAGAGAGAAGUUAGGACCUACAAUAACAGUUUAUCAUCAGGGAACCAGAUAUAUAACAGUUAUGGUUAUGAUAGAAAAGGUUAUAAUAAAGCUGGGUAUGACAGACAGGGGCUGGACAGACAGGGCUAUAACCAGGAAGGAUAUGAUGAAGAGGGCUUUAACAUCCUAGGAUAUAACAGAAUUGGAGAAUAUGAUGGAAUUAUAGAGUAUGAUAAAGAUGGCUAUAAUGUUGAGGGUUAUAACAGAGCUGGAUACAGUUGUCUUGGUAACAACAGAAGAGGCUAUGAUAUUUUCAGACUCUCUUAUGGUUACAAUCACAAGUGUAGGUCAUUGACCUUAAGGCAAUGUCAAUCUGUAGAAAAGAAGAAAGAUCAUCAAGUUGUGUCCUUCAGUCAAGGUCGUAAGUGUGAAGAUGUUGAUUGUGGGGAGUCCUGUGGUUGUCACUAUGGUAACACUACAUAUAGAAUAGGGGCAAAGGUCAGUAUUGGUUGCCAGGAAUGCUUGUGUGACAGUAAAGGAGUAUUGAGAUGUGCUUGUAGACAAACAUACAAUCGUAAAGAAAUCAGAGAAAUGAGUGAUGGUGAAAUCCAACGCUAUCAGAAUAAUGUCAGACGACUUGCCAUGGAAACCGGAUGUCCAUCACGUUGGUUUCAGAUUGCUCAGAUGUAUGCUGAUUACAAACCACAGGCAGUUGGCAGUGAUGCUUUCCUGCCCUGGCAUAGAUACUUUUUGAGAUAUGUUGAACAAGAACUUCAGGAGUUAGAUUGUGAUUUAACGAUUCCUUAUUAUGACUGGACAAUAGAUUCUGGAAAACCAGAUAAAUCAAUCAUCUGGUCAAACAAAUAUUUUGGUGGAAAUGGUGAAGGAGUCACAGGUUGUGUGCCAUUCCAUCCAUUCAAGGGACAUAACCCACCAUACUGGAUCCCAUGUUUGAGGAGAAAAUUCAAUAAGGAUAUAAGUCUGCCAGAUGCUGUAAAUCUUCAACUAGCUUUGAAUGAUCCAUCCUAUACAAACUUUAGAUUACAGAUGGAAGUAGUAUCUCAGCUAUUCCAGUCAUGGGUCGGAGGUCACAUGGGGUCAGACUUCAGUCCCUAUGAUCCAGUAUUUCUAUCACAUUUAGCAUUCAUUGAUAAGAUUUGGGAUACAUGGCAGAAGAAGCAUGCUGAAGGGUUAUUACUGUAUCCCAGUACCCAUCGUUAUGUUCCCAUGGCUCCAUUCCAUGUCACUCCAGAUGAUGUUUUAGAAUCAGAAUCACAGUUAUGUGUCAAAUAUGUGCCACUUACAGAAGGAUUGAUAUGUAAUAUUAGAAUUCCAGUUCUUGGCUUUGAUCGUUAUGGAUAUGAUCGCCAUGGUUACGACAGAGAAGGUUAUGAUAAAAAUGGAUAUGAUGUAAAAGGUUAUGAUAAAUCAGGAAAUUUUGAUACUAGAGGAAUAUACAAUGCUAAUGGAUAUGAUCGCUAUGGUUACAAUCGUCAAGGUUUUGACCAAACUGGAUUUGAUAGAUUUGGAUUCUACAUUGACAUGUACAACUUGGACGGAUUCGCUGCCAACGGUUUAGAUAAAUGGGGUUUUGAUAGAUAUGGUUUUGACACCAAUGGAGUGACACCAUUUGGUUUUAACAAAAACAGUACGUGGAUUUUCAGUGAUUACAAAAAUAUUUUUGAUUCAUCUGGCUACAAUCGCUAUGGUUUCAACAAAUAUGGUUUUGAUAGGGAAGGAUUUGAUGUAUUUGGUUUCAACUCAAAAGGUUUUGAUUUCAAAGGAUGCAAUAAUUAUUUCUUGGGACCAAUGUAUGUGUUAAUUAAACGCUGGGCUGAAAUUGAGUUAAACAAGGCUAACAAUUUGACCAUUCGUGUGAUUGUAAGAAUUUGUCCAGCUGUCAGUACCUACCCUUCAUGGAGAUACACAACAAACUGGUUACACAGAGGGGACCAGAUUUUACUGAUAGAGAGACUACAGGAAGAACAACAAAGACUACACCAGAUUGAUCCAAAUUACAUGCCUCGUGUUUCUAGUAUUACUGAUGAGAGAAUUUGGUUACCUAUUGAAUCAGAUCGAAGGUUAUGUUUCAUUACAUAUUAUUAUUCCAAGUGUCCAAUUGGAAGGUUUCCUGUCACCUGUAAUAAUGACCUCUGUCGAGAUCGUAAAUGUCCAGGUAUACCAGAUGCUGUGUGUAGAGUAAACCGUUGUGGAAGUUGUUCUGUAGAAUGGUAUAAUGUGGUGACUGGUAAAACUGUACAAUGUAGUGGUUGUAUAGAUGAAAGAGGUUUAGAUAGAGUUGAAGGGUCAACGUGGAGGAAAUCUGAGUGUGAUACUUGUCAAUGUCAGAACAGUGUUAUAACCUGCAGAAAAACUGAUUGUGAACCUAUUAGAUGUAGAUACCCUAUACAGAGUCCUGGCCAGUGUUGUCCAUCUUGUGAAGGUGGUUGCUUAUACCAAGGUAGAAUUUAUGUGACAGGAAGUACAUUUGUACCGAUGACCGAUUCCUGUAAGAAAUGUAUGUGUGACCGUGGUGAUGUCACAUGUCAGAGAAAACCUUGUCCAGAUAUUGGUAGAUGUAAAACUGUUGUUACCCUGCCAGGAGAAUGUUGCCCUACCUGCAUGGAUUGUGGUAACAAGGUGAAUGGAACAAGGUGGAGACAAAACCCAUGUCAACAUUGUAGUUGUAUUAAUGGAGAAGAACAAUGUCAUACUAUCAGAUGUAACCCUCCUGAUUGUAACAACCCACAUACACCUCCAGGGGAGUGCUGUCCUACAUGUAUUUCUUGUUACUUUGAAGGAAAAGUUAUUAAAGAUGGUGACACCCACAAUCCAGAUAAAUGUUCUUCCUGUAGAUGUAACCAUGGAAACAUGGAUUGUACUAAGAAAGAAUGUCCUCCUGCAUCAUGUGACAGUCCUGUAUUCCAACCUGGAGAUUGUUGUCCAGUAUGUGAUAGCGGAUGUGAUUAUGAUAUGAAAAGGUGGAAACAUGGGGAUUUAUUUAUUGCUAGUUAUGAUCCUUGCUUAAACUGUUCCUGUAAAAACUCCAUUGUCAGAUGUAUUCCUAUUCACUGCUCAUUGUCGGACUAUCCAUGCAGGAAUCCAGUCAGAAAGGGAACCAACUGUUGUGAUUAUGAAUGUCCAGGGUGUAGGGACAAUGGUGUGGACUAUACUGAAGGUGACUCAUGGCCAUCAUCAACAGAUCCAUGUAAAGUUUGUGAAUGUUCUGAUGGUCUGGUCAGUUGUAGAAACAAACAGAUCUGUCUUAUAACCUGUUCUCAUGGUAUCCUUAGGAGGGGAGAAUGUUGUCAGGAGUGUAGUAAUUGUUUGUAUGAUGGGAGAGUUUAUAGAGAUGGUCAGACUUUUACACAACCAGGAGACAGGUGUCAGCAGUGUACCUGUAACCGUGGUAAUGUCAGGUGUGAAAGAACCGGAAUAUGUCCACAAUUGUUAUGUAGAGUUACAGAGACCCCUCCUGGAGCAUGUUGUCCUAUUUGUAAAGGUUGUCAAUAUGAAGGAAGAAAUUAUCUCCAUGGCGAUACCAUAUCAGCAGAUAAAUGUUCCAGGUGUAUCUGUAGAGAAGGUGAGGUGGAUUGUCAGCGUCCACAGUGUUCCCCACCUAGAUGUAGGAACCCAGUACAACAACAAGGUGACUGUUGUCCCACUUGUACAGAAUGCCAGUAUGGAAGACAGACAUACCAAAAUCUACAGAGGUUUACUCCACCUGAACGACCAUGUUUGUCUUGUCAGUGUAAUAAAGGAGAAGUAACCUGUGAGGAUAAGAAACUGACCUGUCCACCUUCUUCCUGUAGUCACCCGGACACAUCCCUAGGACAGUGUUGUCCUUCCUGUAGAGGAUGUUUCUUUAUGAGAAGGAAGUUCAGAAAUAAUCAGAAGUUUGUUCCACCAGGUGGAGAUGCUUGUAAAAUAUGUCUCUGUAGGGACGGAACAGUGGAGUGUAAGGACAUGGGUUGUCCCCCUUUAAACUGUAUCAACCCAGUCAAACCACCAGGUCAUUGCUGUGGUACCUGUCCAAUGGCCUGUACUGUACUGGGCAAGACCUAUAAUGAAGGACAAAUGUUUGAUGAUCCUAAAGACAAAUGUUCUGUCUGUAUGUGCACAAGAUCUAGAACAAGGAAUGGUGAAGUUAGAUGUCAGAUGAGAAGUUGUCCUCAAGUCACAUGUAGCCAUCCAGCCCAGCGGCCAGGAGAGUGUUGUCCAUCUUGCUUUAUGUGUCGAUAUAAUGGACAAAAUAUCUUGAAUGGACAGAAAUACAUUGACCCCCGACAGCCAUGUGUAGAAUGUUCCUGUUCAUAUGGUAUUGUAACUUGUACAGAUAUGAUAGGUGAAUGUCCUCCCAUCAGUUGUCCUUACCCAGAAACAGAACCUGGAAGUUGUUGUCCUGUAUGUAAACCAAAGGAUUGUGUCAUCAAUGGAGUUGUGUUCACAGAGGGAUCAACCUUCACCAACCCUGAUGACAGAUGUCAGGACUGUCAGUGUGACAGAGGUCAACCUAGAUGUAGGACACGAUCUUGUCCUGAGGUCAGGUGUAGAUAUCCUAGUUUUACAGCUGAUAAAUGUUGCCAAGAGUGUGUAGAUUGUUCCUUUAAUGGAUUACUGUAUAAGAAUGGUAUAUCCUUUGAUCACCCAACAGAAAGAUGUCAGACAUGUCAAUGUUCUAACGGAGAGGUUCAGUGUCGUAGGAAGGAAUGUCCAUCUGUCUCUUGUCAGUAUCCAGUAAUGGCCAGUUGUUGUCCUGUUUGUGCUGGCUGUCAGUAUCAGAACAAGAGAUAUGAGGAUGGACAAAGAUUUAUCAGUUCUGAAGAUUCUUGUCUACAGUGUACUUGUAAUAGUGGCAAUAUUGUGAAACGUAGAAAACCAUGUCCGUCUGUCACCUGUCAACAUCCAGUCCAGGGUACAUGUUGUCAGGAGUGUAAUAACUGUCUUUAUGAGAAUCGUGUGUAUAGAAACAGACAGCGAUUCCCUGAUCCCAGUAGUCAAUGCAAUGUGUGUGAGUGUAGAGAUGGUACGGUAGCAUGUACACCAAGAGAUUGUCCCUUGAUCUCAUGUUCAAAUCCAGCAUCUGGUACUUGUUGUCCAGAGUGUGCUAACUGUCAAUAUAAUGGUGAACUUGUAAGAAAUGGAGCCAAUGUUCAAAGUACCGAUGAUCCAUGUAAACAAUGUUACUGUAGGAAUGGAAAUAUGGAAUGUAGGUCACAGACCUGCGUACAGACAAAUUGUCAGUACCCUGUGAGGCGAGGUUGUUGUCAGGAGUGUUCAGACUGUAUGUAUCAAGGUAAAGAACACAGGAAUGGUGACUUGUUUCCUGAUCCAACAGAAAAUUGUAAUGAAUGUUUAUGUAGAGAUGGUAAUGUCAACUGUCGUAGGAAGUCAUGUCCUCCUGUCCAGUGUAACAGUCCUGUAGCUGGUAAUUGUUGUCCAACCUGUGGGGAUUGCUACCAUAAAAAUGUUCUCUAUUCAGACGGUGCUCAGUUUAGUGACCUGUCAGACCCCUGUAUGAAAUGUUCAUGCAACAAUGGGAAUGUCAGAUGUGCAAGGAAAGAAUGUAAUGGUAGAAAAUGUACACAUCCAGUUCAGGGAAGGUGUUGUCCACAGUGUGGUGGAGAUUGUCUCUUUGAUGGAAAAAGAUAUGAUGAUGGUGUUACGUUUAAGAACAGAUGUGAAGAGUGCACCUGCACUAAAGGCAGUGUUACUUGUAUCCCUACACGAUGUCUACCUGUCACCUGUCGUCACCCUGUCUCUGAUGAAUGCUGUCAAGUCUGUACUGACUGUCUGUAUAACAGGAAGAGGUACAGAAACACAGACAGGUUCCAAGAUCCUGAUGAUGCUUGCCAGGAAUGUUACUGUCAGGAUGGAACAGUGAGAUGUGUAAAGAAACAAUGUCCAGCAGUGACCUGUAGUGACCCUGUUCAAGGUCAGUGUUGUCCAGAGUGUACAGACUGUACAUAUAAUGGUCAGUUUGUCAGGCAUGGAAAUACAAUAGCUGAUUCAAAGGAUCCAUGUUCUACAUGUACCUGUCAGUUUGGCAGUAUGAUCUGUACAAGGAAAACAUGUGCACCAGCAUCAUGUGAUUAUCCUGUGACAGAGAACCAGUGUGGAUGUCAGAGCUGUACAGGAUGUGACUUUAGGAGCAGUGUGUACACUAAUGGAGAAAGAUUCAGACAUCCACAGGAUACUUGUCAACAGUGUUCAUGUCAGAAUGGUAAUGUUCGAUGUUCCAGAAUUACUUGUAGAGAAACAUGUGACCAUCCUGCAAACACCACAGACUGUUGUCCUGUAUGUAGGGACUGUUUCUAUGAAGGGAAGGUCCAAAGGAAUGGUGUCACUUUUAAAUCAGAUGUAGAUCCAUGUAGAAGUUGUUCCUGUCGGAAUGGAAAUAUAGUAUGUGAAACUGUAAUAUGUCCUGUACCUAAAUGUGACAACCCAGUGAUUAAUCGUGGGGAAUGUUGUCCUGUUUGCACAGUAUGUCAGUUCCAUGGUGGUACAUUUGGUGAUGGUCAAACAUUCAGUAAUCCAAGAGACAAAUGUCAGACCUGUACAUGUAGGGCAGGAAGAGUGAGAUGUGAUGCUGUGUCAUGUGAUGUUCGUUGUACACACCCUAGACAGGGUGACUGCUGCCCUGUUUGUGAUGACUGUAUGUAUGAAGGAAGAUUAAUUGGAAAUGGAGACCAGUAUAAACCAGAUCCUUGUAAUACUUGUUCAUGUCAGGGCGGUAAUGUAGGAUGUCUGACACAGACUUGUCCUAGACUGACAUGCCCACGGACUGAGAAAUUACCCGGACAGUGUUGUGAUGUUUGCCUUGGAUGUAGAUAUAAUGGUAUAUACCACAGUGAUGGAGAUGCAUGGACAAUAGACAACAACCCAUGUAAAACAUGUGCAUGUAGAGGGGGUAUUGUUACAUGUAUGGAGAUGCACUGCUUUUCUACAUGUGACAACCCAAUCACUGUCCCAGGCCAGUGUUGUCCUGUCUGUCCAACCUGUAGACAUAGAGACAGAGUUUACAGUGAUGGUGACAUGUUCAGUCCAUCUGGAGAUCCAUGUGAUUUAUGUGAAUGUAAGGGAGGAAGAAUGACCUGCCAUUAUGUGAUGUGCCCAGAGACAUCCAACUGUCCAGCUGACCAGAUCAUAUCUCCAUCUGUAGGGAAAUGUUGCCCGACUUGUUCUGGAGGUGGACAGAACUGUACAAGAGAGACUUAUGGAAUGAUGAUUCUACCUAAACCCAGUGAUCCUUGUGUUUCCUGUCAGUGUACGAGUUCCUUGAGCUGGAUUUGUAGGAAAGAAGUGUGUCCAUUGUUGAACUGUCCACCAGCUGUCCAAAUGAAAGAAGACAGAGAAUGCUGUCCCAAAUGUCCACCUUGCCAUGAUACUACAACAGAUCGAUACUACAGAGUAGGAGAUGUAUGGACAGACAGAGACAAUCUAUGUCUACAAUGUAGAUGUGUUGACAAAGCUGGUAGCAAGAGCUGCAGGUUGAUUGGAUGUAGAACUCUCAACUGUCGUCUAGAUGAAAGAGAGGUCAGACCACCAGGAGAAUGUUGUAAAGUCUGUGAAGAAUAUCCCAAGACACCAUGUCAAUAUGAUGGUGUCACUAGACAGUCAGGAGAAACCUGGAAGAAAGAUGCAUGUACAACAUGUAAAUGCUAUGGAGAUAGUGUUGAAUGUACCAAGGAGCAGUGUAUAGAUCCUGACUGUAGUCCAGAUUAUUCCUUAGUUACACAACCUGGAACAUGUUGUCCUGUCUGUGUCUUACAGCCAGGUAGUUGUAUUGUGUAUGGUGAUCCCCAUUAUCAGACUUUUGAUGGAAACACUGUCCAUUUCCAAGGCAACUGUAGAUAUAUAAUGUCUGAAGAUUGUGAAGGGUCAGGAGAUUUCAGGGUAGAGGUUACACACCAUGACAGAGGAUUCUCAGGAAUAUCAUGGGCACAAAACUUUACUAUUGUUAUUGGAAGAACAAGGAUUGAUUUAUUACAGAACUUUGAAGUCAGGGUGGAUGGCUUGCCAAUGAAUCUGCCUUACAAAAGUAGAAGAGAUUUUACUAUCGAUGUGAAAGAUCAAACAAUACUGUUGGAUACCACUUUAGGAUUACAGUUUGUAUGGAAUGGAGAGAGUUAUGCUGCACUAACAGUACCAGGGACGUACAAGAGACAAUUAUGUGGUCUCUGUGGUAACUUCAAUGGAUUUGAUCAGGAUGAUAUGAAAACUUCUUCUAUGCAGAUAACCAACUCACCAAGUGUAUUUGGCAAUAGUUGGAAGACUAAAUCUCAGUUGAAUCCAAGGUGUAGAGAUGCAGAGGAUUUUGAUCCAUGUGAUGCUCAAAUCUUCCGUACCAGAAAAUAUGCUCAACAACAAUGUUCUGUACUAACAGGACCAAAGUUUAGUCGAUGUCAUAGAGUAGUUAAUCCUCAAGCUUUCUUCACUUCCUGUGUGUAUGAUGUGUGUGCUUGUGGUGUGGAGGAGUCAUGUUUAUGUGAACUGUUAGAGGCCUAUGUGUUGGAGUGUGCUAGGAAUGGUGUACGGCUGGAAUGGAGGUCAGAAGGGUUAUGUGCACUUGACUGUGAAGAAGAGAAAGGAUUUGUGUUUGAUGAGUGUGGUCCUGUGUGUCCUCGUGACUGUUCUAAUUAUCAGACACCCAUUAGUGAUAUGCCAGAACAGUGCUAUAAACCAUGUGAAGCAAGCUGUCAAUGUCCGGCAGAUAAAGUCUUACAUGAAGGCAGAUGUAUUAAUCCAACAAAAUGUCCACCGAAUAACCGUGGAGAUAUUCCUGUGAAUGGUCGGUGAUUGUAAACUUAAGUCACCAUGAUGAUAUUAUUCUGGGUAUUAAAUGUUAAAAUGAUGUAAAUUCAUGAACUUCAUGAUAAUUGUUACACUGAGCUAAUUGAAUGAGCAAGUUGAAGGUAGAAAUCGGCUUUUUGAAGAAAAUAAAAGAAUGAUAGAAAAUGUCCAAGUGUCAGAAAUACACCUCAUUUAAAAAAAAAUAACCAUUUGUGGGCAUUUAUGAUUGUCCUAUGAAAGGCAUCACUAAAUUAAAUGAUACUGUAUGUUGUACUAGAUAUUUCUUGUUAUAUUUUAUGUGUGUUGCACAGAGGGUAUACUUUCUGUGAAAAUGACAAAAUAUUUCAGAAUAUUGAAGAUCAUUCCACUUUAAAAGCACUAACAAGUGAAGGAAACAAAAUCCAGCAAAUAAUUGAGAUUUGACUUAAAGGAAACCAUAUUUUGAAUACUCAGUAAACCUCCCAUUAGUAACAAAGAUAGAACAAAAAUUAUAUAAGCAUCUUGGAUCAAACAUGUAACUGAAAAAAAUAGGCUUGAUCUAUAUUCAGUCAAAUAAUUUUAAUUCAGUCUAUGAAG